AUGCAGUUAUUGAACUCGGAUCUUGAGGAAAACACCACUAUUGUGCGUCCUGCAUAUUUUAUAAGUGGAUUUACUGACAUACCUAAUAUCAAGUAUUAUUAUGUCUUUCUCUCUUUACUUUACAUCAUUUCAGUGCUGGGAAACACAGUUGUGAUGGUAAUAAUAUGCUUGGAUCAUACUUUGAGAACUCCAAAAUAUGUUGCAGUUUUUAAUCUAGCAUUUGCAGACCUGUUGAGUAGCUCUGCUUUGGUGCCGAAAGUUCUUGACAUUUUCCUGUUUGACCAUCCCUACAUCUCCUACGACGACUGCUUUACAUUCAUGUUUUUCUGCUAUGCCUUCCUUUCAAUGCAGCCUCUUAAUCUGGUUGCACUCUCCUACGACAGACUGAUAGCUGUCGGCUUCCCACUGCACUAUCAAGUGAAGGUGACCCACAGGGGCAUGUUUUCUUUGAUUGUGUUUUUCUGGCUCUUUGUUAUUAUUGUUACGCUCUUUGCAGUUUCCCUUCCCACAAGAAUUUCUUUCUGUAUGUCUGUUGUUAAUAGCUUUUUCUGUGACUAUAUACUGAUGCUAGCAUUUGUCUGUAAUGAUAAUAUACUUAGCAUGGUAAUUGAUCACUUGAUAUCAGUACUUAGUCUUUGGCUUCCACUGCUAUUUAUCUUGUCAUGUUAUUCAUAUAUUGGCUAUGCCUUGUCUAAAGUAGCUGCAGUUCAGGAAAGAGUUAAGGCCUUUAAAACCUGCACAUCUCAUCUUUCACUGGUGGCAAUUUAUUUCCUACCAAUAAUGAUCACAUUUGCAAAUAUAGAUCCAAAUGCCAGACUCAUAAACAUGUCUCUGACCGCUGUCUUUCCUUCCACGUUGAAUCCAAUCAUUUAUGUUCUGCAGACACAAGAAAUCAAAGUAUCUGUGAAAAGGUUACUAAAAAUCAGAAAGCGAUCCAGAAUCACAGUGAAGAGAAUAAUAAUAUGA